UUUCUCACUCAAUAUUUUCAGUCAUGUUCGUAAAACAAAGAUAUUUAGUUCUACUUUUUGUAGCAAUUCUUAAUAUUACUCCAAUAGUUCAUGGAUUUUUAGAAGGCCUAUACUGUGGCAGAGAAAACUGUUAUGACGUUCUUGGAGUGACUAGAGAUUCAUCAAAGAGUGAUAUCUCUAAAGCAUACAGAAAAUUAGCAAGACAGUACCAUCCAGAUAGAUACAGGGGUGAUGAUGUUGAAGGAAAUGCUGAUAAGUUUCGACUCAUUGCCACAGCCUAUGAGACUCUUAAAGAUCCUGAACAAAGAACUGACUAUGACUAUAUGCUGGAUAACCCAGAGGAGACAUAUCGUCACUACUAUCAUUACUAUGCACGACGGAUGGCUCCAAAAGUUGAUGUGCGUGUGGUUAUUGCGGUUACCAUCACUGUUAUAUCAGUGUUACAGUAUCUUCAUGCCUGGUCCAGAUACAAUGAAGCUGUACAGUAUGCUUUAACUGUACCAAAAUAUAGGAACAAGCCCUAUCAUCUUAUCAUGUACAUUGCCUGGCUUAUUCGUUGGUACUGGAAAUACAGCAUUAAGAGAGAAGAAUAUGGGGACGAAGAGAAGGAAUAUCUAAUACGAAGGAAUAUGGGCAUGUCACAGAUACAGUGGGAUGCUUUAGAAAAAUCUCAGCACGACGAAUUUUUUGAUCGUCAGCUUUGGAUUACAGAACAUUAUAAGGAAUUUAAGGAAGAACAAGAAGAAGAGAUGAGGAGGCAGUUAGCUCAAAAUAACAAAUAUAAAGCGUAUAGGCGAUACAUGAAGAAAGGUGGUCCAGGACAGAUGACAUUCAUGGAAGAUGACUAAACAAGUCCAAUCAUUGCCCUAUUAAUAUCAUAGGAUAAUGUUAUUUGAAUUCUCUAUCAAUUAUAGACCAUACAUAUUUAUGUCAAUCAAAGCCUUUCAGUUAAAGUAAAAAGAGACCUAGUUACGUCAUCGCCGCUAUGCUGGUGGUAAUGAAGAAAUAGCAAACACGCGCGUGCCUCGUGCAGUUAUAUACCACGUAUGGAUUUGCAAAACGUAAAAGAAGUGUUACAAUUCAACUGCUGUAACCAGGGCCACUUAGACCAGUUAGACAAGAGAACCAAAAAAAAUGGAGAAUGAAAACAAUACAUUCCAAUUUUAAGUAGUGGAGUCAAUCAGACACCUAGACUGCACGAGGAUAUUGUAAUUUGACUCUGAUGUUACGUGUUAACGAUUAGACAGCCAUCGUCAUUUUCUCGUGGAAAUAGACAGAUAUGUUGAAAGACUAUAGUUUUCUUCUUUUUUCUGGCUGGCUAAAUAUUACCCCCAAUACCCAAAGUUGGAAUGUAUUGUUUUCAUUCUACAAUUUGAUUGGUUCUAAACAGUCUAUUAAAGUGGUCGCGAUUAUAGUAGUCGCUCUGUAAGCGAAUCAUAAGCCUCUAUAUCUUUAUACCAGCACGACUACAGCAUAGCAAAACGCACAUGUAAACAACCAAUCAGAUUACAGGCGAGGUUUAUUACGGAUAGUUUACAGUAAAACAGUAGAUUUUCCUCACUAGCCUUCUUUCUUUACACAACCAUCGUUGCUACCGUGUUCUUUGUCUUAAACCAUCAACGACUAAUGUACCUUUGUCAAUCACUACACACUUGGACUGGACAUUUUCUUCGCAUAAACUAAUUAAAAUGCUUUUGGCCAAAAGUGA